CAUAAUCUGCCAGCCAGGAGGCCAGGUAUUUGCUACGCGAUUCGUCUGCUGGAGGAAGCCAGAGCUACUUUGAGACGUGAGGAUUGCGAAAGGAACAAGGUGCAACUGUUUAGAGCUCUUCAAACCCAACCAAGAAACAAAAAUUUUGAGCAUGUUUUUCAUGAGGCCACGAGAGAGAACUCAAAUCUCCAGUCACUUUUACAACAGCUACAGACCAGGAUUCACAUGAAGGACUGUGAGCUCAUUGAUGCCCAGGAGGAACUGAGGAUGAAGGAAGAACACGUGCUAUUUUGGAAAGGAAAGGCUAGCGUUACAACAACAGCUGGUACAAAGAGAAGCAGAGAUGACGAGGGCAGUGGAUACCAUUAGGAAAGGACCAACAGAUUCAGGAAAUACGAUGUCAAGAGACUGAGUUAGUUGUGGCCAUGAAAAGGGAGCUAACAUGGACUCAUCUGCAACUAAGACAG